AUGGCUGGCUCCGACGAAGUAAACAGUCAUCCAGCACCGGGCAAUACCAGAAAUAAUAUUACUGGUGCAGAAUUACAAGCUAUGAUCACCGCUGCAGUCUCUCAAGCGGUUGAUGCUAAGUUUAAGGAGCCAAGUAUCGUUCGGUCACAAACUCACUCUAAAGCUCAUUCUAAAUCUCACACUCAUAAGAAGAGUGAGUCAGUGCAUUCGUCCAACCAGGGUAGUAUACCCAAAAGACAGAUAGAUCUUGAGCCGACCCCUAGGUACACCAAGGGUUGUACCUACAAGUAUUUUGUUUCCUGUAAACCGAGGGAUUUUACAGGAGAGAAAGGGGCGAUAGAUUGUAUGAAAUGGCUAGAUGAGAUGGAGACGGUGAUAGACAUUAGCGGCUGCGCUAAGGAAGAUGUAGUUAUGUUCGUCUCCCAAUCUUUUAAGGGCGAUGCCCUUACGUGGUGGAAGGCACUUGUACAGUCCACAGGGAAAGUCCAUUUGUAUAACCUUUCUUGGGAGAAGUUUGUCGAUUUGGUCAAGGACACUUAUUGUCCUCAACACGAAGUAGAGCGUGUGGAGACUGAUUUUCUCACUCUCGUAAUGAAGGAUCUAGAUUGUAGAUCUUAUGUGACAAGUUUCAAUUCCAUGUCCAGAUUGGUACCAUAUUUAGUCACCCCUGAGCCGAAGCGCAUCGCGCGUUUUAUUGGUGGUUUGGCCCCUGAGAUUAAGGGAAAUGUGAAGGCUUCUAAGCCAACCACCUAUAGGUCUGUUGUGGAUCUAUCACUAUCCCUCACAUUGGAUGUUGUGAGGAGCAGGGCGAAGAAAAAUUCUGAAGAAGGGAAGAGGAAGAGAGAGGAUGAUCAGUCCUCUCACUCGAAUAAGAAAGGAAAAGGGAACUCUGGUUCCAAGAAGGGGCAGACUGAUGACAAGCCCAGAUGCAAGACUUGCCAUAAGAGACACUUUGGCAAGUGCAAUAGGGACCCACAGGCCAAACCGUGUGGGAUUUGCAAGAAGAAAGGGCACAAGUCUGUUGAGUGCCGAAACAUCGAGGAUGCAACCUGUUAUGGUUGCAAUGAAAAGGGGCAUAUUAAGACCAAUUGCCCCAAGAAUAUGAACAAGCCUGAAUAG